UCGCGGCCGGGGUCGGCGCUGAGGCGUUGCUCUAGGCCCCACCGACUCUCCCCGGUCACACUUUUGACCCAGGUGCAGGCUUCUCGUAAUCCUCACAGCAUGGAAGAUCGCAAGGGGCUGGUGCCGGAUUCUGGUGCUGUGUUUACAUUUGGAAAGACUAAAUUUGCUGAAAAUAUUCCCAGCAAAUUCUGGUUUAAAAGUGAUACACCUAUAUGUCUUUCAUGUGGAGAUGAACAUAGUGCUAUUGUUACAGGAAAUAAUAAGCUUUACAUGUUUGGCAGUAACAACUGGGGUCAGUUAGGAUUAGGAUCAAAGGCAGCUGUCAACAAGCCAACAUGUAUCAAAGCUCUAAAACCUGAAAAAGUGAAAUUUGCUGCCUGUGGAAGGACCCACACCAUAAUUUCAACAGAAGGCGGCAAUGUUUAUGCAACUGGAGGAAAUAAUGAAGGGCAGUUGGGACUUGGUGACACUGAUGAGAGAGACACUUUUCAUUUGAUAAGCUUUUUUACAUCCCAGCACAAGAUUAAACAGCUUUCUGCUGGAUCUAAUACUUCAGCUGCACUAACUGAGGAUGGACAACUUUUUAUGUGGGGUGACAAUUCUGAAGGGCAAAUUGGCUUAAAAGAUGUAACUAAUGUAUGUGUCCCUCAUCAAGUGACCAUUGGAAAACCUAUCUCCUGGAUAUCUUGUGGAUAUUACCAUUCAGCUUUUGUAACAAUAGAUGGUGAACUGUACACAUUUGGAGAAUCUGAGUCUGGGAAAUUAGGUCUUCCCAGUCAGCUGCUGACCAAUCACAGAAUACCUCAGCUGGUGUCUUCAAUUCCUGAUAAAGUGAUUCAAGUAGCUUGUGGUGGAGGGCACACCUUGGUUCUCACAGAGGAAUCUGUGUAUGCCUUUGGGCUGGGACAAUUUGGUCAGCUGGGUCUUGGCACUUUUAUUUUUGAAACUUCAGAACCCAAGGUCCUUGAGUACGUUAAGGGUGAGAAAAUAAUUUCUAUUUCCUGUGGAGAAAAUCAUACAGCUAUGAUAACAGAUACAGGUGGUAUAUAUACUUUUGGAGAUGGUCGACAUGGAAAAUUAGGACUUGGACUAGAGAAUUUUACCAAUCGGUUCUUUCCCACUCCCUGCUCUGUUUUUUUGAAGUUUAUGGUUCAGUUGGUUGCUUGUGGUGGAUGCCACAUGCUAGUCUUUGCCACUCCCCAAGCUGGUAUGGCAGAAGAACUCGAAUUUGAGGCAACAAUUGAUUCUGGUUUACCUGCCCCAGCUUUUCGGCCCUUUGGCAGUCUGACCUCAGGAAACACACUGACUAGAACUCUGUCAGCACGUGUGCGGCGAAGAGAGAAGGGGAUGUCUCCAGAACCUGUUCGAAUGACGCGAACACUACCUCCAAUAGAAGGGGCUACCGCUGCACCUGCUUUGUUUUCCCCUAGUUCAUUCCCUUUCCAUUUGCCUAAGGCUAGACCACCACUGAGAAGACCAUCUAUAUUGGGGCUCAUUCCUCCAGGGGACCCAGAUUAUUUCAAAGGUAAAAUAACCAAAGAGAAAGAGGGAGAAAAUUCUUCCACAGAGGAUUCAGAAAGCCUUGGAGAAACUACUGACGUCUUAAAUAUGACACAUAUAAUGAACCAGAAUUCCAAUGAAAAGUCAUUUUACUUAACACCAGUUCAAAGACAAAAGAAACAAGAAACAGUUGAGAAACUGAUGCAGCAUACAGCUCAUACUGAAACUGGUGCUAGUAAUGAAUAUGAAGAGAAGUCAGAAAUGAAAGAAGAGAUAAUAUAUAAACAGCAUUUGGCUAAAGGGAUAUACAUGUUGCAAGCAGCUGCAACCAUGGAAGAAUUUUCAGAUGAGGAAGUAGGGAUCCCAGAGGAGCAGGAAGGAGCAGAGGAUUCAGAAGGAAGUGAAAUAGAAAAGGCAGAGUUAGAGACACCAGAGGAAAAUGUGGAGGUGCAUGGAGGAAGAAAGGAAGAAGAAACAGAGAACCUGUCAGAUGACCUUUCAGACAAAGCAGAGGAUCACAAAGUGUCAGAAAUAGAAGAAACAAAACCAGAAAGUGUGCCUGAGAAAAUUGAAGCUGAAAAUCUGGAAGGUGAGAAGGAAACUGCAGAAGGUGAUAAAAUUGUUCCUGAAGGCGCCCACAGUGAAACUGAAGAGACAGAAAUAACCAGUGACUCAGCUAAAAGCAUUGAAAAGGAAGAAAAAGCCAUCCCCUUGGAUCGGCCCAUUCGUGACUACAAUGAAAAUCCAAAAGGAAACAUGCAUGAUGGUGCAAAGAGCAGUUCUUCAGAAAUCCUGGGAGGUAAUGAAUCAACACCAAGUAAAGACAUGAAAAAAUCAAAGAAUGUUUUCGUGUUCAAAAGGCUGUCAAGGGCAAGUCUGAAAAGUAUGCACAAUAUUAAUGAGCCACUUCCAGAGACAAAACCAAUAGGAGAUCAAAAAGCUUUGGAAAACAAUAAAAAAGAUGCUAACCAGAAUCACAACGGUCAAAAUCAGCAGACUUCUUCACCUGCGAGUCUAGAGAAAAGAUCAAAAUCUUGUACAGUACUAUAAGUGCAUAUUUAUGUU